AUGACGGCAACGACUGUACCAGGGAUCGCCGCAAUGGCCGCAGCGCCAUCUUCGUCAACGACUCCUGCGGUCCCCAACGCGUGCUCUAAGGAAGUCGUCGACCAUUUACUCAGCCUCUUUUUCGAGCACUGUUUUCACUAUUUCAAUUUCUUUGACCCGUUAGCCUUCUUGAGCGAAUAUGACCAAGGAAUUGUCGACCCUUGCCUCGUUGACGCCAUGUGUGCUAUCGCUGCCAGAUUUUCAACCCACCCGGCCGUCCUCGCGUCACCGCCUUAUCUCUCCGGAGAACCCUUUGCGGUCCGCGUCCGAGCCGCUCUCAGCCGUCAAGUUACCUCCGAGGUUACGAUGAGCUACCUUCACACAGCACUAUUGCUAUCCUUCUACGAAUACUCGUCUGGACGGUCUUUGCAAGGUUAUCAUUUCGGAGGAAUGGCCUGUCGGAUGGUGCCCGAGCUGCAACUCUAUGAUUUCCAUUCAAGGAUACAUGGAGACGAUGAGGAUGGAGGCCAGUACAGCGAGGAAGACGAUGAGGAGCACGGCUGCCGCGACUACAUCAUCGACGCCGGCGCUCAGUCUUCACCUCAUCAAGUCCCUUCUCUCUCACCAGAGGAGGCAUGGAUGGCCAACCAAGUCAAGUCCCGCACAUUUUUCUACCUCGUAUUUAUCGACACUGUAGCCGCGCUCUUGUCUGGACUGCCACCUGCAAUCGAUGCGGCCCAGUGCGAAGUACCUCGCCUCCCUGACGGUCGAAGAGAUUGGUGGAAGAGAACGGAUAGGAGGAGGAGCACGAAUACAGGAACCAUUCCACCUGUGUCAACAACACCCAAGCCAGAACUUGCACCGACACCCGAACUCAUGCGCCAAAACAAAUCUACAACACUCGGCAGUACCACAUUCACCAACACCAACCCACGAUUUACUCCCGGAGCGAGCCGGAUAUCGCCGUCAACACCCCGGAAUAACGAUGGACCUUUGCUGCAGAGUGCCUUCUCUCAGUCAAUCCUCCGGGUUCUGAGUCGCCCCCAAUUGCUGCUCGGACGCGAGCCCCUGGAACACUUCCGCACCUUUAUCCCCGUCACAGCAGCGGUCAUGAAACUCACUAAUCACGGAUGCGCAUCUGAAACAGACAGCACCAUGAUGCUGACCGCUACUUGGCCCUUAGAACGCAAAAUUGAGUUUGAGCAGGCGGACAAAGACCUUUUACGAUGGGCGGAACAAUUGCCAGAGGAUUACCGACCGACGAAUGUGAUUGCGACCUUCCAGCAGCUGGAACUCAACUCUGUCAGCCUGUCCGUUUUUUAUUAUCUGAUGGUGAUGAUCCUGCACCGACCCAUAUUGAUGAACGCCCAUCUUGCGGCGAACAGGAGUCAUCAUGGAGGAAGUGGAAGUGGAAGUGGAAGUGGAAGUGGAAGUGGAAGUGGAAGUGGAAGUGGAGAUGGGGGGAGGAGGGUUUCGAUGGUGGUUACAACAGCAGCAGGAGCAACAGCCGCGGUGGCGUCAAGAACCCAGUCAGAGGAGAUGGAUGAUGAGGUGGUUGACGGUGAGGAUGAAGGAGAAGAUACAAGGGACGAGAUUGAGAUGAAGAACCAAAUCGAGGAUAGCAACAAGGACAAUGUGCGGAAGAAACUGAAAGGAGGAGGAGGAGGAGAAAACGAGUGGGACAAGAACGACUACGACUCGGACGAUGCCGAGGAUCUUCAGAUAAUCGAGCGUUCGAUGCAACAGUGUAUUGAGGCUGCCCACGCUGUCAUUGCCAUUAUCAGGAAUUUUGAUGAUACCAUGACAAAGUACCAAGGUGGGCACUAUACUUUUACUGUUUAUCUUGCUGGGACUAUUCUCAUCAUGCAACUGUCAAAAACCGAGGAUUCUGCCGUAGAGAGUGAGAUCCGCGAGGAGUUGGAGGUCUGCUUCCGGUUCUUUUCCAUCCUCAUCCCAUACUGGAAAGACGCGGACGAGAAGGCCAAGGUCCUACGAGAUCUCUUAUCGACUCACGACAACAAAAACAAGCAACAAGGACCCGAUAAUAACGAGGAGGAUGAGGACGAUCAAGGUCAUGAGGAGAGGGAUGACGAUGACGACGAGGGAGAUAACGGAAGUGGUGGUGGCGGCGGCGUCGAGGACGAUGAAGGGGACGAAUAUAGCGCAGAUGAUGAUGGUGGUGCGGAGCAGAGCCUACAGGAUCUUAUUAUUGCUGACGCGCUCCUAGAUCUGUCGAAUCGCCCGCCAAGGGAGAACUAUGAACGGAAGAGAACCGCCUCGCGAUCGAUGCCUUCGUCGUCACGGAAAGCGGAAGCGGCUGCUUCUGCGUCUGAUUCUUCUUUACCGUCAACAUUGCCGCCGCCAAGACUGCCGCCACCACUACGGCUCUCGCGUUCAGGAUCAUCGCUGUCGAAGUAUCGACGACUAGGAUCUAAGAGCCAAAUUCUGGCGCCAACAACGGCAACCACAGCCAGUCAGAGACGAACAACAAUCCUUCAGUACCCACCUUUACCAUCGGCAGCAUCUUUACAGCACACAACCAUACCUUCCAACCAUUUUGCCACCACUACCAACUAUGCCAUUAAUUCCGCCUUAACUACAACUGCAACCACAAUCAUGACUACAACCAUAACUACUACAACCGCCUUUACUACUACAAACCCCACAGCGGCAACACCAAUUUGUUUCGUGGACCGAGUCAGUAGAGGACAAGUUGAAGGAUCCGUUGCAGGAGGAGGAGGAAGGAGACACACGAUCAGCACUGUAAUCUCUACAUUCCUCAAGAUGGACAAGACCCGCACCCUCCCACCUCUGCCACCCCUAGCACCCUCUCGCCACCAUAGACAUACAACAAACUGGAUAGGAGGCGGGGUCUACCCCGAGUGCAACAACCUUGACGAGACGACCUUGAUUUUACUCGAAAAGUUGUGUCUUAGUAUAGAACCGCCAUUUUAA